CGCCUCUCCAGCUCCCCGUUUUAUAAAAACAAAACAAACAAAAACAAAUCUUACCUGUCGUUGCUCUCCGCCGCCACCAGUGCCCGUAGCGCUCGCCGCCGCCGCCGCCGCCGCCACCAAUGGAGAGCCUCCGGCUCGCCGUCACCCACCGACCGGCUCUCCCUCUCCCGACCUCCCAUAGCCACCUCCGCCGCCGCCAUCUGCACCUCCACCUCCACUCUUACCCCAAUCCCCUCUCCCUCUCACCCCCCAUCGCCUCCCACCUCUCACCUAUCCCUCGCCGCCACCUGCCCCCGCUCCUCGCCUCCGCAUCGGCCUCUCAAGCGAGCUCUAAGCCGGCGGCGUCGGCGGCAUCUGGCGGUGCUAAACCGCUGCCCCUCUUUCUCUCGCUUGCCGCCGGCCUCGCCGUCCGCUUCCUCGUGCCGCGGCCGGCCGAGGUAACCCCAGAGGCCUGGCAGCUCCUCUCCAUCUUCCUCUCCACCAUCGCGGGGCUCGUCCUCGGCCCGCUCCCCGUCGGUGCGUGGGCGUUCCUUGGCCUCACAGCCACCGUCGCCACCCGCACGCUCCCCUUCACCGCCGCGUUCGGGGCGUUCACUAACGAAGUCAUCUGGCUCAUCGUCAUAUCCUUCUUCUUCGCGCGCGGCUUUGUCAAAACCGGACUCGGCGACCGCGUCGCCACGUACUUCGUCAAAUGGCUGGGGCGCAGCACUUUGGGCCUAUCCUAUGGGCUUGCCAUCAGCGAGGCUCUCAUCUCCCCUGCCAUGCCCAGCACCACGGCCAGGGCUGGAGGUGUUUUCCUUCCCAUCGUCAAGUCGCUAUCGCUCUCGUCCGGAAGCAAGCCCAACGAUCCAUCGGCGAAGAAACUCGGCUCUUAUCUUGUGCAAUCGCAGUUACAGGCAGCUGCGAACUCCAGUGCUCUCUUCUUGACAGCAGCUGCACAGAACCUGUUGUGUCUGAAGUUAGCAGAGGAGAUUGGUGUUAGUAUCGGAAACCCAUGGAUUACUUGGUUCAAGGUUUCUAGCGUGCCAGCAGUUCUUGGGCUUUUAGUGACUCCUUAUUUGAUUUACAAAAUAUUCCCCCCUGAAAUAAAGGACACUCCUGAAGCCCCAGCAUUAGCUGCCGAGAAGCUAAAGAACAUGGGUCCAGUAACAAAAAAUGAAUGGGUCAUGAUUGGGACGAUGCUUCUUGCAGUCUCACUAUGGAUUUUUGGGGAAACUAUUGGCGUAUCCAGCGUUGUUGCUGCAAUGAUUGGACUCUCAAUACUUCUUGUGCUUGGAGUGCUAAACUGGGAGGAUUGUUUGAAUGAGAAGUCUGCAUGGGACACCCUAGCUUGGUUUGCUAUUUUAGUUGGUUUGGCUGGGCAGCUUACUAACCUUGGGAUUGUGUCCUGGAUGUCGAAUUGUGUUGCCAAGGUUCUUCAAUCUUUCUCAUUGAGCUGGCCUGCAGCAUUUGUUGUCCUUCAGGCCUCGUACUUCUUUAUUCACUAUAUAUUUGCAAGCCAAACUGCACAUGUUGGAGCUUUAUACUCAGCAUUUCUUGCGAUGCAUUUAGCAGCUGGUGUGCCAGCUCUAAUGUCGGCACUUGCUUUGGCAUACAAUGCAAACCUCUUUGGAGCACUAACACACUAUAGUAGCGGGCAAUCUGCAGUAUACUUUGGAGCGGGGUAUGUUGACCUUCCGGAUGUAUUCAAGCUGGGUUUUAUAACAGCCGCAAUCAAUGCUGUAAUUUGGGGAGUUGCUGGUGCAUUAUGGUGGAAAUUUUUGGGUCUUUAUUGAGUGUCGGGGCAGUGUAAGUACGUGAAAAUCGUACCAUAUUAUCAAACAAGUAAUUCAUGAUCCAGCAUCGGAGGUGGCCAGGUGGGUUCGUUUUUCUUCCGAGGGCCUAUGAAUGCAUCAUAACAGAGGAACGCUCAUCUUUAGAAGUUUUUGAGCAUUAUCAUCAACCUAGAAAGCAGAUAUGUUUUCGUAGGUUCUUAAAUCGACGGUCGUUAUAUAUCCUUUGAUUUGAUUGUUGUACCCUCGUAUCUCCUCCCCAAGGUAAAUAAAAUGCAUGAGGGACUUUUG